CGUAUGAUAUUUGUCCUAUUGUUUUCUCGUCUGCUGCUUUUUUGCUAUCGUCAUCAAGAGCCCCAGAGAGAGAGAGAGAAAGAGGAAUCGGUUGUGUGUUGUCAAAGCUUCUUGGCUCUCUCUUCUCCGGCUUUCGAAUUGUCAACGCGUAUCUCUCAUCUGCGAUCUCUCGUUGAUCAGAGGAUUUCCGGAGCUUCACAGAUCAACAAUCAUGACCACCGCUGGAGGAAACAAGAACAUCAACGCCAAAUUGGUAUUGCUUGGGGAUGUUGGAGCUGGAAAAUCAAGUCUUGUGCUUCGAUUCGUCAAAGAUCAGUUUGUUGAAUUCCAGGAAUCAACGAUAGGUGCAGCCUUCUUCUCUCAAACAUUGGCUGUCAAUGAUGCAACUGUCAAGUUUGAGAUUUGGGAUACUGCUGGUCAGGAACGUUACCAUAGCUUGGCUCCUAUGUACUACCGGGGUGCUGCUGCUGCCAUUAUUGUCUUUGACAUCACUAAUCAAGCCUCAUUUGAGAGGGCUAAGAAAUGGGUUCAGGAACUUCAGGCACAAGGUAACCCUAAUAUGGUGAUGGCUCUUGCUGGAAACAAAGCUGAUUUAUUGGAUGCAAGGAAAGUGUCUGCCGAGGAGGCAGAGACGUACGCACAAGAGAACAGCCUUUUCUUCAUGGAAACCUCUGCUAAGACUGCAACAAAUGUCAAAGACAUCUUCUACGAAAUCGUUCCCUUUAUACCGUUGCAGCAAAAAGGCUACCACGUGUACAGCCAGCAGAAAACCCAGCAGGAAUGGUUCUCCCAAGCGGGCCAGCAGCUACUGCAGUGAGUAGUUCAUCAUGUUGUGCUUAAGAGAGCUCUCUCUCUUGGUUAGUCACUGUAGAAAGGAAACAUCCAGUCUCUUUAUGUGUUUUCUUCUUGUCUUAACGUUGUCGCUUUGCUUUGCAUUGUAUAUCAAGAUGUUUCCGCUCUGUGGAAAUCUAAAGAUACUUGUAUUUGAAGAGGUUUGAUUUGUAAUUAGAUAUCACAACUUACUAUGCGUGUGAUCGCUUCUCUAUAUAUUUUGCACCAAAA